CUCCAACUUUGGUCAACUUCAUUGAAAGCUUCAUAGGACACAUAUUCCAUCUUCUUUAUCUACAAUGUCAGAUAUGGAUUAGGAAUAGCUGUCGACAAUCACUAUGGCGCUAUUCGAAGGAUCUGCGCUGGUGUGGCUUGGGCUUCUCAGCGCCCUUCUCUGCUAUCAAUUCGUUUUACGCGCCCCUACCAUCCGACGAGAUGGGGUUCCUUUAAGAAAGCCGCCUAAUACAUUACCACUUGUUGGCAAUGGCAUUAUAUUUCUUCAGCCACGCCAGAAGCUAUUCUCGUGGUUCGUUAAGUGCGAGAGGCAGUUUGGCAAUGAGACGUUCCAGAUCAAUGUCCCCUCAUUACCCCCAGGCGUGGUAAUCAACGACCCCAAGAAUUUGGAAUAUGUCUUCAAAAGUGAGGGCAUGUUUUCCAAAGGUGACCUUUUCAAGAGGCUCUCCUGGGACUUGUUCGGGUAUGGAAUUAUUAAUGCUGACGGCGACUUAUGGAAGACUCAGAGGAAAGCCGGGCUUGCUUUCCUCAACACCUCCAACCUGCGUGUCUUGACAGAAGUUGCCCUACCACGUUAUCUCGGUCAUGCUGUCAAUUAUUUACGAGCACAGGCACACGCAGAAAGUGUCGUAGACCUGCAGCACGUGUUCCAUGAAAUUACAAGCCAACUUAUGGGAAAGAUGGCCUAUGAUAUGGAGAUGCAUGCCGAUGAUGAUUUCACCGUUGCAUUUGAUUAUGCAUCAGGCGUAACGACUGAGCGCUUUCAAAACCCUCUGUGGUUUAUCACCGAGCUCUUUACUGGCUUCCAGUUCCGGAAAGCACUUCAUACAAUUCAUACCUUUGGCCAUAAACUAGUGGAUAAUGCCGCCAACACAAACAAGAAGACCCGAGAGGCCUGUUUUAGCACGGAGUCGGCUUCCGACAGACUCAACGAAGUAUCAGGCAGUCUAAUACAGUCGUUAUUGAACUUCUUUGGCGACGAUCGAAAACUAGUGUCUGACGCAGCCCUGAAUUAUCUUUCUGCUGGCAGAGACACCGUUGCCCAGGCACUAACAUGGUGUAUGUAUCUGCUCAUGCAGCACAGAUUCGUCGCUGGGAAAAUUCGAAACGAAGUACGAGCUUCGUUAGGGGACGCCCAAGAGCCCUUUGUAAUGUCCGAUCGUGGCGAUCGUGAGACAGUUAACUCGACCGUUUUCACCCCAACAUCAUUACCAUAUACGAUGGCAACGUUUUACGAGGCGUUAAGACUAUACCCACCAAUCCCUUUCGAAAUCAGGCAAUGCGAGAAGGCAACCACCUUGCCGGACGGUACUUUUCUCCCAGAAAAUUCCAUAACCUUUUGGUGUACUUGGGCUAUGAACCGAUCGAAAAUCAACUGGGGAGAGGAUGCUGAAUCCUUUAGGCCCGAGAGGUGGCUUACUGAGGAUGGGAAGCUAAUCACUAAGAGUGCUGCUGAAUUCCCGGUGUUCAAUGGUGGCUCGCGGUCAUGCCUCGGGAAGCGAAUGGCCGAAUUGCUAGCCAUACAAGUCAUCGCCACGAUGGUACUCCUUUUCGACUUUAUGCCACAUUAUGGCGGCGAGAGAGUUAGCAAGAGCAGCCUUACAUUGCCGAUGGAAGGAGGCCUACCAUGCCUCGUUAAGCCCAGAACAUUCGUCUCAAAAUAGUUAAUAUCAGCUACCAAGUCAAAUACUAGUAAUAUGUCUCGAUGGGACAUUCCAUGGGAGAAACUCCCCUACCAAAGGAUUAUGGUCAAUACCUUACAGCCGGGUCAUUACAUGUUCAUGCCAAGAAUGUGGCUAAAUGCGAAAAACCGUGUAAAAUGCUUGAUGAAAAAUAAACGAUAGCAGCUCAAUCGGAUCUAUUAUAAAGGCGCUUUGGAGUUUCUUGCAAUAAUAUUUGAUCAAUCUCCCACCAAACACCGUAUUUGACACGACGCUCUCUGCCACCUGAUUGUUUAUU